UUUUUUUUUCUUUAUCUGCCCCCACCUCCCUACCUCCCUUUCCUGUCCUUUAUAUCAAUGUCUGAUUUCAAUUAUACCAACUAUAACAAUACAAUCUAUAUGAAUCAAAACGCGAUGGUUUAUGACACAGGCUAUUAUCAAGACUAUUAUCAGCCUGUUCAAUAUGUCUAUACUUACCACGAAUUACCACCUCCUACACCCUCUCCUUCUUCUUCUUGUAGCACCCAAAACGAUAUCAAGUCAACAGAAGAAAGAGUCAAAGAAACCAUUGCUCGCGCCAGCACUGUUCCUGCCGAAACAACAGCUGGCAAAGAAAAGAAAGCGAGCAGUAAUGGAUGAUGUGAAAGCCGCCAAUCGAAAAAUGAAGACAUCCCAAAAAGAACAGGAUGCUGACGAACCAAUGGAUACCAAUGAAAUUCGUCGACAGAUCCAUAUUCAGUCCGAACAAAAGAGACGUGCACAAAUCAAGGAUGGUUUUGAUGAACUCAAGAAUCAUUUACCUGGCUGUUCGAAUAAGAAAUUAAGCAAGGCUGCUCUCUUGACCCGUACUGUCCAACAAUUGGAAUACAUGAAAAAGAUGCAAGAUGAAUUAUUGGCUGAAGUAGAGAGAUUAGCCAAAGAGAACGCAGGCUUAAAAAGUCUUACUCCCAAAUAAGCCCCAUACAUCGCAGUUUUGUAAUUCAACUUAUGCAUUUAAAUUAUAUAAAUUAUUUGUCUUUUUG